GCCCCGGAACCCGAGCCCUCUCUACCCCGCGGCGGCGACGACCCGGCGGCUUCCCCGCCCCCCACGCCCCCCGCAGGCCGCGGCCGUCCGCCGGCACGGCUCCCUCCCCGCGGGCGGCGGACGGCCCGGCUCUCCUCCCCGGCGCCGCUUACCCUCCUCCCCUCGCCGGCGGAGGAAGGAGGCGGCCGCCGGCCCUCCCCGACCGCGCAUGCGGCUGUGCCUGGCCGGGGCCGGGCCGCCGCGCUCGGGGGCUGAAGUGUGGGUGUCCCUUCCCCCGUCCCCCUCCCCGGCGGGCCCCCGCCAGCGCCCCCGCAGAUGGGCUUAGGCUGGAGCAGCGCGGAGGAGCGGCAGCCCCUCCUGCCGCCGCCGCCGCCACAGCAGCAGCAGCAGCAACGGCGGCGGCCGCAGCCGCGGGGGCCGGCGGGGGGCCCGGCCGUGCCGGCGGCGGUGCCGGUACCGGUACCGGUGCCGGUGCGGCGGCUGGCGCCGUUGGCGGGCCGCGUCUACGGGCGGCGGUGGCUGGUGCUGCUGCUCUUCUCGCUGCUGGGCUUCGCGCAGGGCCUGGUGUGGAACAGCUGGGGCCCCAUCCAGAACUCGGCCCGCCUGGCCUUCGGCUUCAGCGGCUGGGACAUCGCCCUGCUCGUCUUCUGGGGGCCCAUCGGCUUCGCGCCCUGCUUCUUCUUCAUGUGGCUCAUGGACAAGAAGGGUCUGAGGGUAACGGUGUUACUAACAUCAUCUCUCAUGGUAUUGGGAGCUGGCCUGAGAUGUGUUCCAGUUUCAGACCUAGAAAUUAGGAAGAAGCUGAUUCAUGGAGGGCAGCUGUUAAAUGGCUUGGCGGGGCCAACUGUGAUGAAUGCAGCACCAUUUCUUUCCACGACAUGGUUUUCUCCAGAUGAACGUGCCACAGCAACAGCCAUCGCAUCGCUGCUCAAUUACCUGGGCGCUGCUGGCGCGUUUCUAGUGGGACCUCUUGUAGUGCCAUCUCCUAAUGGAACAUCUCACCUCUCGCUGGUAUCACAGAGCAACAAUGAGCACAUCAAGGACCGCAUCGAGGCUGUGCUGUAUGCAGAAUUUGGAAUGGUUUCCCUGAUAUUUUCUGCAGCGUUGGCCUACUUCCCCUCACGCCCGCCAUUCCCUCCCAGCGUGGCUGCGGCAAGCCAACGGCUCAGCUACAGGAGAAGUUUUUGCAGACUCUUAAGCAAUUUCCGAUUCUUGAUGGUUGCUUUAGCCUAUGCUAUACCACUGGGUGUUUUCUCUGGCUGGUCUGGUGUUCUGGAUUUGAUAUUAACGCCAGUUCACGUAAGCCAAGUAGAUGCAGGCUGGAUUGGAUUUUGGUCUAUAGUUGGAGGUUGUGUUGUUGGCAUAGCAAUGGCAAGAUUUGCAGAUUUUAUCAGGGGCAUGCUGAAGUUCAUACUGCUGCUGCUUUUAUCUGGAGCAACGUUAGCAUCAACCUGGUUCACUCUCACCUGUCUAACUAGUGUCACUCAUCUGCCUUUAACCACAGCUACACUGUACACAUCCUGCAUUUUGUUGGGUAUAUUCCUGAACAGCAGCGUACCAAUAUUCUUUGAGCUCUUUGUGGAGACAGUCUACCCUGUUCCAGAAGGAAUUACCUGCGGAGUUGUCACCUUUUUGAGUAAUGUGUUUAUGGGAGUGCUUUUGUUUUUCCUCACGUUUUACCAUACAGAGUUUUCCUGGUUCAACUGGUGCCUGCCAGGAUCGUGUCUGCUCAGCCUGCUCCUCAUCCUGUGCUUCCGCGAGUCCUACGACAGACUCUAUCUUGACGUUGUCGUCUCUGUGUGAUAAUGCUGGACUGGUGAGGGGUUGGAAGAGACUGGAAGUCAGCUUUGCAGUCUGCACAUCUGCCUGGAUUUGCACAGCUGAACAGUGGAAGAACAAAGAAAUUACAAGACUUAAUCGUGGUUUUAUUAGGGUGAGGGACAGUCUGUUCUUGCGUUCAAGACCACCUUGAUUUGUGAUAAGCGUGGAACUUGAGUGGUGAUAAUGAUGCUGAAAUGCACAAAGAUAAUAUAUAGGAUGUACAGGUCCUGGUGCCAGAGCUGGGGCUCUCUAUUUAAAAGGCUAUUGAUGUAGCAGAGAGGUGUACAGUUGCGUGUGUGUGUGUGUGUGUGUGCCGACUCACGGUUAUACACACUGGGGUACCAGUAAUCUUCAGAGUCUUCUAUCAGAAUAGAAAUAGUGAAUAAUCUUAACAAAAGAUUAAAAAAAAAAAAAAGGGAAAAAAAAUCUUUUUUUAAAGAUCUCUCUUUUAAAUGGCUAGUCAUUUAUAUAAUGAAUGUCCAUUAAACAGUUAAGCUAAAAUGAUUUGGUGCUUGUACACUACAUUUACAUUCUAAUAAAGUGAUUUCUGAUAUAAGACACUGGUACCAGGGUUUUUAGCCAUACUAAAUAUCCCAAACAAUCCUUGCAGUGUUGUUAGAGGUGUUUGUUAUCACCCUGGAGCACAUCUAAACGAUAGCUUUAGCUGCCACUGAAACCCAACUUGCACCCGCAGUCGCCUCUGAAAUACCACCAUGGUUCUGUAUCUCCUGAAUAUGGAGCAUCUGUGGUAUCUCAGAAGUUUACUGGAGAGUCACUCUUGGUAAAUGUUGCUGUUUUAAAGGCCACCACUGUGUCACCUUUACAUCCCCCAUCUCCGGUACUGCCUUUUUUACUGUGAAGACCUGUUCAUGCCACUGAAUACUGUGGGUGUGGAUGUCCGAGUCCCACUAGUUCUCUUCUGAUACUCUAAGGUGUGCGUGGUUUUCAGGAUUAGUUUAUGACUGAGGGUGACAAAACAAUACUGUUUGUUAACCCAAGUCUUUAAAAUCACUGUUUCCUAAAAAAAAAUCUUUCUUGUUGAUGAGGCGCCCUGAUGGCGAAAUGACAAUGAGUUUGACAAUGAGAAAUAACUCAUGAGUUUUGGCAUAAUAUGGGAAAUGUAAUGCCAGCUCUUUUUAUCAGUACUAACCUGUGGUCAUUCUGGCCCUUACUUGAACAUAAAUAUUAAAGACACUUUGAAUAGUUUUUUAACUCAAUUUUAAACCUGCUAAUAAUUUCUUAAUUAUAUUCUUAGAUUUCAGUUCAGCAUCAUUUACAGUAUUUCCAUGUGUGUGUUCUGUGCUUUGUGUUAGGGGUGUGUGUUUGUGUGUGUAUGUGUGCGUAUUUAUAUCUAUGUAUACACAAAUAAAACUUAUAUAUAAAUCUUUUAUAUAUAAGUUAUAUAAGGGUAUGUGUUUACAUAGGUUUAUUUUAAGUAAUUGCAUCUCUGGAUGGUGGUAUGCCACUGUUUGUAACUAAACCAGUCACUGCCGUGAAUGGAAACGCAUAGAUACGCUGUCUGCGACAUGAAUUUUUUUCAGGGGGCGAAUGAUUUCCUAUUGUAGCAAUUUUAUCGCAGGGGGUGCAUGCACAUGUUGGAGGAGGCUGGUGUGCAGGCUUCUGAGUCCAUAGAAGUCUGAAUCGAACGCCCUUUGCUCCUGUGCGAGGCUCUUCUCUGCCACCCUGGGGUGACACCGACACUGUAAGCUCACUCAAAUAAGCCCUGAUCUGAGCGCUACCUUUCAGACACGGAUCCGUUCAUUCUGUCUGCUCUUUUUUUGCAGAGAGAAUAUGCCACUAAUACGUUUAACUCAGGAGUGUAUCUGUGCAGUAAAAUAAAACAAGCUGUUCCCGGCUUUUAUGUUUUCAGAGCAAUGGAUGUAUUUACUGUAGUAACAGAAAAUUGACUUAGCUUAUUGCCUAUAUCAGCUACUAAAUGAUCUUUUCUGUCUUGAAGCAGGGUCUUUAUAGGAAUGGAACUAACCUACAUUGGGAUGACUAAAUCAAUCUAACCAGAACUUUCAGAUCUGCUGGCAUCAUCCUCUUACCGUUUUUCAGAUGAAUGGUAUUAACUGUCCAAGUUCUUUUUACUAUGUUUUAGUGCCUGGAAUAGUUGCUGUAUCCAGUAGCUGCUGCUACCUAUUGUCUUCUGAAACCAAGGAUCGCUUGCCAAGAGUCUGAUUGGAGUUGCAUUGUCAUGGCAGAACUGCAAGCUCGGAUGACUCUUCAGAGCUCUGCUUCUGCAAUUUACUGUAGCUAUAUUAAGAUUAAAAUUGUACAGCUCAGGCA